AUGUUGAGAACUUCUAUGACUAUCCAAAAGCGUCUCUUUUCGUCCGCUCGCACUCUCGCUAAAGACGUCAACAACCUUACAGUCAUUGGCGGUGGCCAAAUGGGUCUCGGUAUUGCCCUUGUUGCAGCAAACAAGGCCGGUGUCAACGUCAAACUCGUCGAUACUUCUGAUGCUGCUCUCGAUAAGGGUAUGGCCUUUUUACAAAAACUCCUCUCUAAGGAUAUCAAGAAGGGCCGUCUUACCGAGGAACAAGCCAAGGACAUCACUGCUCGUGUUACCCCUACCACUGAUCUUACCGGUGCUCUUAAAGACACUGACAUGGUCAUUGAAGCUGUCCCUGAAAUUCCUGAUCUUAAGUUUAAGAUCUUCUCCCAACUGGCCAAGGAGGCUCCUGCCGAUGCCAUUCUCGCUACAAACACCUCUUCCAUCUCUAUCACCAAAAUUGCUGCUGCCGCAAAGGGUGCUGAGAACCGUGUUGUUGCUGCCCACUUUAUGAACCCUGUCCCCGUCCAGCCCGGUGUCGAAAUUAUCCAGGCUCUUCAAACUGAUAAGUCCAUUGUUGAUGAUACUCUUGCCUUUGUUGGCCGUAUGGGCAAGGUCCCAUCUCUUGCUAAGGACUCUCCUGGCUUCAUUGCUAACCGUAUCCUUGUCCCCUACAUUAACGAGGCUGUUAUUGUGCUCGAGUCUGGUAUUGGCUCUGCCAAGGACAUUGAUGCCAUGAUGGUUAAUGGCUGCGCCAUGCCCAUGGGUCCUCUUGCCCUCGCUGACUUUAUUGGUCUUGAUACCUGCUUCGCCAUUAUGAACGUUCUUUACAAGGACACUGGCGACUCUAAGUACCGUCCCUCUGUUUUGCUCGGCAAGAUGGUUGAUGCCGGCUGGCUCGGCAAGAAGUCCGGUAAGGGUUUCUACGAGUACAAAUAA